GCUCCGUCCCCAAGUCACCUACCUGCCACCACCAAGUAGGUCCAGAAUCCAUCAAUGUAGCCCACUACAAACCGCCAACAUGUCGCGCAAACCGGCUGGGGUGAGGACCGAGUACAUUGAGACGGAAACGGGCAACAAGGUGGCCCGAAAAGCCAACCUGGUCGGCACCCAGCACAUUAUGCUCGGAGGCAAGACCGUCAUCAUGGCCGAUGCAAUGAUCCGUGGCGACCUGGCCCGCACCGCCCCCACUUCUUCGUCUUCUUCAUCCUCGGGAACUGCGCCGGGGAGCAAUACGGCCGUCUUCAUCGGACGCUAUUGUUUCCUGAGCAAGGGCUGCUGUUUACGGCCCCGGGACGCAUCUACAAGGGCGAGACAUGCUGACGACACCCCAAGCGCAUUCACCUACAUGCCCCUCCGCCUCGGCGACCAUGUCUUCGUCGGCGAGUCCGCCAUCGUCCAGGCCGCGGCCAUCGGGAGCCACGUGCAUGUCGGCAAGAAUGUCGUUAUCGGCGAGUUCGCCAUCAUCAAGGACUUCGUCCGGGUUCUCGAUGACACCGUCAUCCCCGCCAACAUGGUCAUUCCCAGCUUCACCGUCGUGGCCGGCCAGCCUGCGAGGAUCGUGGGCGAGGUGCCUGAGGGUGGACAUGAGGCUUUUGAGUUGAGGGAGCUGUAUCGGACUGUGGGGAAUAAUCCGCAGCCUGCUUCUGUCUGAAGGCUUUAACCACAGGCUCAUUGUAGUUGCACGAGGUUGUACACAUUUCCAUCCAUCUUCCAAGCUUGGACUCGCUCUUGCAUCGGACGUCAGCAUACAGUAUAUUAUUUGGCCCUAGCCUCAACUCUCAUAGGAUACAAUACAACGCCUAACAGUGUGCUUCACUGCUAAGCGAUCUUGAUCGUGGAAAGUUCGCCACCUUCCUCGAAAAGCCCUGGCCAGUCACGGAAGAAACAAACUUUGUAGUAUCUUCCGAGCCACCGUGCACUCAUCGGCUUGU